AUGACAACAUACAUUGCUGUCAUUAACCCUGAAUCUUCUUUCAAGAAAAACCCUUCUCAGCAGUCUAUUGAAUUUCCAGUGUUUGUACCCAAGUUCUACCAACACCUCCUGGCCAUGGUAUUUGCUGUCAAUGAGAUCAAUAAGAAUCCCAAGAUCUUGCCCAAUGACACUCUUGGAUUCCACAUUCAUGACAACUAUAAUGAUGCAAAGGUGACUUAUCAUAGAACUCUGGACCUGCUCUUCAAGUCGCAUCGCUACAUACCCAACUAUAAAUGUGGAAUCCCAAAAAAUGUAAUAGGAGUAAUUGGAGGACUUGAUGCUGAUUCCUCUUCACGCAUGGCAGACAUCUUAAGACUUUACAAGAUUCCACAGCUCAAUGAAACAUGCACUGGGGAGGAAAGUCUGGAAACUAUGCCGGCGACAUUUUUUGAAAUGAGCAUGACUGGUCACAGCUACAGUAUCUACAAUGCCGUAUACGCUCUAGCUCAUUCCUUGCACACCAUGUACUCCUCCACAGCCAGCUACAGAACAAAAGAGAACAGGGGCAGACUGGAUGUGGAGCCCUGGCAGCUAUACCCAUUCCUUCAUAGAAUAUCAUUCAACAACAGUGCUGGAGAUGAAAUUGCAUUCAAUGAUUGUGGAGAAUUGGAAGCUGAGUUGGAUAUUACAAAUGUGGUCACUUUUCCUAAUAAUUCCUAUGCCCGUGUGAAAGUUGGAAAGUUGGAUCCUCACGCACCUGCAGGGAAACAGCUCACUGUGCAGCCGGAUAAAAUUGAGUGGCACCAUAAUCUGAGUCAGGUGCCUCCCUUCUCUUUAUGCGAUGACUACUGCCAUCCAGGACACAGCAAGUCACAGAAAGAAGGAGAGAAAUUCUGCUGCUUCAAUUGUGUCCCCUGUCCCAAAGGGAUGAUCUCACCCCAGAUCGACAUGGAAUACUGUAUCACUUGCCCAGAAGAUCACUAUCCAAACAGCAAUCGAGAUCACUGUAUUCCCAAGACCCCAAACUUCCUCUCCUUUGUGGAACCUUUGAGCAUUCUGUUAACCUGCUUAACUGUUUUCUUUUCUCUGAUCAAGGCUCUGACACUUGGAAUUUACAUUAAGCACCAGGACACUCCCAUAGUCAAAGCCAACAACCGGAGUCUCACUUACAUUCUCCUCACCUCCCUCCUCCUUUGCUUCAAUUGCUCAUUGCUAUUCAUUGGACAGCCAAAGACAUGGACCUGUCUCCUCCGACAAACAAUCUUUGGCAUCGUUUUCUCUGUCUGUGUUUCUUCUGUUUUGGCAAAAACCAUUACCGUGGUGGUAGCUUUCAUGGCCUCCAAGCCAGGAAAUAUUUUUAGCAAAUUGAUGGGGAGGAGAUUUGCAUAUUCUGUUGUCAUUUCUUUCUCUCUUGUUCAAGUGGGCAUUUGUGCAAUUUGGUUGGGUACUUCCCCCCCAUUUCCAGACCUGGACAUGCACUCAACCUUUGGGGAGAUCAUUUUGGAAUGCAAUGAAGGUUCAGUCACCAUAUUUUACUGUGUCUUGGGCUACAUGGUCUUCCUAGCCACGAUCAGCUUCAUUGUGGCUUUUCUAGCCAGAAAGUUACCAGGCAGUUUUAAUGAAGCUAAGUUCAUCACUUUCAGCAUGUUGGUCUUCUGCAGUGUUUGGAUAUCCUUUGUCCCAGCCUACCUGAGCACCAAAGGAAAAUACGUAGUAGCUGUGGAGAUCUUCUCUAUCUUAGGCUCUAGUGCUGGGCUGCUGGGCUGCAUCUUUUUUCCCAAAUGCUACCUGAUACUACUAAGGCCUGAGCUGAACAGCAGAAAGCAGAUGAUGAGGAAUAAGAACGCAUCCGUGAAUGCGCAAACAUCCCCGGAGCAGGGACUGGUGGCACAAAUGUGUAAUGGCUUAUUGGGACGACAAGGAAUGGCUGAGAAGACGUUCAUGGGGUUCAUGACCAGGAAGACGUUCAUGAGGAUCAUGGACAGCCGUAGACCCCAUUUGCAGCAUUAG